AUGGUCAAAGUGGUGGUCAUCUCUUGUCUCCUCAGUCUGUUCGGCGUGGCCUCCAACUUAAUCAAUAUUGUGGUGUUUGCCAAGCAAGGUUUUCAGGACAGCAUGAACAUCAGCCUCAUGGGGCUCGCUGUGUCUGACCUGUGCUCCCUGCUGCCCACGAUAUGGCUAAGCCUCUGCGCGAACCCACUCUUUUACAACUCUGAGCUGCCCUUUGACCCUAGGAAUAUGGUGAACGUCACAGGGGCGGUUCCCCAUAUAAUCUUUUUCAAAAUCGCCACUUUUAUCACCGCCUUCAUCACCUUUGAACGAUGUCUGUGUAUCGUUGUCCCUCUGAAGGUGAAGACGAUCAUCACACCGGGAAGGACAAAGACAAUUAUUAUCUCCAUCUACAUUGGCAUGUCUGUUUUGGUGAUCCCCUACUGCCUUGGAAACAGACUUGAGUGGGUUUUCGAUUUCAACAAGAAUGCUACUGUGCUAAUAACCACGUUCACGGCCGAAAGAGACAUGUUGGAAACCAUUACCUUUCUCACCCAAGGCGUAUUUGCUACGACGUUUUCUUUCGUCUUCGUCAUCUGCUGUACCAUCGUUCUUAUCGUCAAACUCAAAAGUAAAACAAAAUGGCGAAAGGCCACUGUAGCCAAGUCUGAUCGUGCAUCGGGAGGAGUUGGGGUCAAAGAUCAAAAGGUUGUAAAAAUGGUGACCUUGAUCGCUGUCAUUUUCAUCGUGUGCGCCGUACCUUCAACGCUCCUGUUUCUCUACAUGGUGAUUGACCCAAGUUUCCGUAUUGGUGGUGUCUAUGGAAACGUUUUUCUGGUCCUUUGGUCUUCGUCAUACCUAACCGAAACUGUCAACUCUAGUGUGAAUAUUUUUGUUUAUCUGAAAAUGAGUUCGAAAUAUCGAGCAGUGUUUCUGAAAACAUUUUGGAACAAGGAGGAAAAGUAA